UGUGGCGCAUGCGCAGCCGCGCGCCCUCCGCUGCGUCCUCUGCGGGCGCCGCGAGCGCGGCCAUGGCGGGGCCGCUCCGGAAGACCACUGGACUUGUAGGAUUGGCUGUAGCUGAGAACCCUCAUGAGCGCCUGCGAAUACUGUACUCAAAAAUCCUUGGUGUCCUGCAAAACAUUCCCCAAGAUGCAGCUUAUAGGAAAUACACGGAGCAGAUUGUAAAGGAGCGAUUUGAUUUGGUGAAAAAGGAGACUGAUGUGCAAAAACUACAGGACAAACUGAAUAGUGGUCAGAUAGAAGAAGUCAUUGUACAGGCUGAAAAUGAGCUGUCCCUGGCAAGAAAAAUGAUACAGUGGAAACCAUGGGAGCCUCURGUUGAAGAACCUCCUUCUGACCAGUGGAGAUGGCCAAUAUAAGUUUCAAAAUGAUAUAAACUCUUGAAAGUAAAAAGAAAAAUAUAAUUAUUAUUCUGUUGUUACUGACAGUUUAAAUUAAAAUAUAAUUACUUCAUUAAAAUAUAUUUUGUCCACUUAUAUUUMGCAGUCUAAAGUCUAAAGACUGCUGCCAAUUUCUUGCAAAAAUGGUUUCAAGAAAAUUCUUUCUGACCUGUC